AAGAAGUGAGAAAACAUGGAGGGAAAACCAAAGAUCAGAUCCAUAGUCUUUGUUCUUGUUCUGAGUUUUCUUCUCUUUGAGGCAGUUAUGUGUUCAGAUCAUGAGUUUCCAAGUAUUAGACCUCUUGUGGACAAGGAAAGCAGGAAAGUUUUAUCUUCCAGCGACUCUGGAUUGAUCUCUGCUCUUGAUGUGCUUGAUAGAUACAAAGGGGUUUAUCAUCUUCAGUUCAUCACAAUGGAGCCUGGCUCUUUAUUUCUCCCUGUUCUUCUUCAUGCUGACAUGGUGUUUUAUGUGCACACAGGGAAGGGGACAGUGACAUGGGUGGGAGAUGAUGGAACUGAUAGUUUGGAUGUGAAGAAAGGAGACAUUUAUAAGCUUGAUCAAGGUACUGUGUUCUAUGUUCACAGCCAUCCUGAUGCUACAAGAGAGAAGCUAAGGAUUCAUGCUAUCUUUGAUACACAAGAGAACUUUGUGGAUGCUUAUUCAAAUCUCAGUGACCUUGUUCGAGGAUUUGAUGAUAAAGUUCUUCAAAUAGGCUUUCAAGUUUCUGAAGAAGCAAUUCAGACAAUCAAAGGGGUAGAGAAACCUCCACCAAUAGUUCCAUUUAAGGUUGAGAAUGAAUCAGAUGGCCGGUUUAAAAAUUGGGAUGAGAGAUUAAUGAAAGCCAUAAUUGGUAGUCAGAGACCACUAGACAUGAUAUACAACAAAAAGAAGAAGAAAACAAGAGCAUUCAACCUCUUGACAACCAAACAUAAUGUGGAGAACUGCAAUGGUUGGAGUGUUGCAGUCACUAGCAGUGAUUUCAAAGCUCUCAGAGGUUGUGACAUUGGAGUUUUCAUGGUCAACUUAACUAAGGGAUCUAUGAUGGGACCUCAUUGGAAUCAAAGAGGAACAGAGAUUGCAAUAGCAAUACAUGGGCAAGGAAUGGUGCAAGUUGUUUGUCCAAGUGAAGUGGGAGGGGAUGAAGGAAUAAGUAAAUGCCAGAAUGAAAGGUUUAAGGUGAAAGAAGGGGAUGUGUUCAUAGUGCCAAGGUUUCAUCCAAUGGCACAUAUAUCAUUUAACAAUGACUCAUUUGUGUUUGUUGGGUUUAGUAGUAAUGUGGAGAAGAAUUAUCCUCAGUUUCUUGCUGGGAAGUGGUCUGUGUUUAGGACUAUAAGAAAGGAUAUAUUGGCCAUGUCUUUUAAUGUGGGGAAUGAGACAGUUGAGGAGCUGUGGGCUUCUCAGAAUGAUGCUGUGAUGCUGGAGUGUGCUUCUUGUGCUGAGGAAGCUGAGAGAAAAAUGGAGGAAGAGAUUGAGCGGAAGAGAGAAGAAGAAGAAGAAGCUAAGAGAAAAGAAGAGGAAGCUAAAAGAAGAAAGGAAGAGGAAGAAGAAGCUAAAAGGAGAGAAGAGGAAGCUAAGAAAAGAGAAGAAGAAGAAGCUAAGAGAAGGAAGGAAGAAGAGGAGGAAGCUAAGAGAAGAGAAGAAGAAGAGGAAGAAGCUAAGAGAAAGAAGGAAGAAGAGGAAGAAGCUAAGAGAAGAGAAGAAGAAGAAGAGGAAGAAGCAGCUAAGAGGAGAGAGGGAAAAGAAGAGGAGGAAGCGAAAAGAAGAGAAGAGGAAGAAGCUAAGAGAAGAGAAGAAGAGGAAGAGGAAGAAGCAGCUAAGAGGAGAGAGGAAGAAGAAGAGGAAGCUAAGAGAAGAGAGGAAGAAGAACAAGAAGCUAAGAGAGGGAAGGAAGAAGAACAAGAAGCUAAGAGAAAAGAAGAAGCAGCAGCAGCGACUAAGAGAAGAGAGCAAGAAGAACAAGAAGCUAAGAGAAGAGAAGAAGGACAACAACAAGAAGUCAAGAGAGAAGAAGAAGAAGACGCCGCCAAGAAGAGAAGAGAAGAAGACAUAGAGAUUGAGUACAAAGAGAAAGGUGAAGGGAAGAAGAGGGUUUUAUCAAGGAAGAUGAUCAGUAGGGUUUAG